GGCCAUUUUUGCCUUUUUCAGUUAUCAAAUUCCGCGGACUAUAUAUCGAUGCAUAUUACACAAUCAACAGAACGGAGUCAAGCGGAACUUGCGAUGAGUUUAAGCACACACUCCCGAAAAAUGUUACGAGUAAAUUUCUGUGUAGAAAAGCUGGCGAGGAAAUGAGUCGUCGGGAUGCAAAUAGGACAGUUGUAAAGCUGGAACUGUACUUCGAGCGAACACAAAAAACUUCCGACGAUAAAUUAACACUACAUUCCACCUAUGCUUCGAAGUUAAGAAAAUCGUAUGAGAAAUGCCUAUAUCCUGUUCAAAUCAGGCCCGGAACUUCUUUCUAUGGUAAGCCGUUCAACAAUAUCUUGUUAUCCAUUAGCAUCCGUCCUUAA